GUAUUAACUUAUAAUUGUGCAGGUCUUUUUUCAAUAUUAAAUAUUCUAGUAUAUAUCUUUUUAAUUUAUUAAUGAAAAAUUUACGAGUCGAUGAUGGAUAAUGGUUCUCAAGGACAUUACAGCACUUCUACUUCAAAUUCUGUGGAAUCUCGUACAAGUAAUAUGUACAUUUUACAAGUUAAACCAAGCAGUAGUGAAGGAUCUUUACAAGCUGAUGCUCUUCCACUCCACAUGCUUAUAAACGGACAAGACCCCCAACAUCAUCAGUACUUUAUCCCAGUAAUACAAGGCAAACAGUUACAAUUAUUUAUUGAUUCCCGAGAACAAGCUGGCACAAACACGGCAAACAACCAGUAUUAUAGUAUCGUCACCGAGCCACAGACAGUCAACAAUGAAUUGCAGAUUGCAAAUAGUGACAUUAGCGUUACACCCAGCCAUGAACAUAUAUUGCAAAUUAAAACAGAUGCAAAAUCCAGGAUCAAUAAAUUGUCUCUGAAAGAAGACAAAAUUAAUAAUACUAAAGCAUCACAUAAUGCUGAGCAGAAAAAGAGAGUUGUGCAAAAGUUUGUGCACAUCUCGGACCGCGCGGCGCCGCCCCGGGCGGUGGCGGUGCUGCCGGGCGCGCUGCGGCUGCGGCGCGGCGCCGUGUGGCCGCGCGGCCCGCUGCCGGCGCGAGUGCGCUUCGGACCCGUACAAGGGAUCAAACGCAACCUAUCAACGGAAGAAGCAGAGAGCCUAAAAUUAGCGCACAGCAACUCUGGAUCGCCACUGUUCUUGCUGAAAACGGAAGACGGCACCCACACGCAUAUAGAUGUCUCUGACCAAGAUAAAUCAAAUUGGCUAAGUUUACUACCGCUCGGAGACCAAAGCACAGCAAACGUGUGGCUUUACCAAGAGGACCACGAAUUGUACGCGGCUACAAUAAAUACUAUACCCGCCCGGGUGCCGCUCGCACUGGGCUAUAGCAAGGAGUAUGUGGAUGCCCACAAGUUACCUGUCGAACAACCGGUAUUGGACCUUGAGGCAGAAUUGACCGCAAAGCAUCGUCAAUGGUGGUGCCACGAGUGUCAGCGGUCCAUGUCUACAGCGGCGUUGCUACAGCAGCACAUGGACGUUUAUCAUACGGAGGAGAAGCAGAGACCGCGCCGCUACCGAUGUCUGCACUGCACCAGAUCAUUCUGCAGAUUGUUUACUUUAAGGCGGCAUACGGCACGGCAUUGCACUAAGAAAGCGAAAGAAGACAAAAAUAAUCUAAUCCAAGCUGGCCAGACUGUGAAUGGUCUUCUAGACUCUUCAAAACCAGACGACCUCCCCGACCUACCCAUCACCCCCGCCGACGACAGCCGCCUACCCUCCGACGAGAGUCUCCAAACCCUCACCAACAACCUAGACUUCUCCACGACCCUGUUCGACCCGGACCGCAUCAACCUCGACAUGUCUGGCAGCUCGCGGGAGGACUUCAACUACUCGCUCGGGCUUAAGGACGAUAUUGCGCUGGCGGCUGGGAUAGAUUUUGGGAUUGACGAUUCGUGCAGUAAAAAGGACGUGAGAAAAGAGAACACGGAAACGGUGUUCCUAACCUGUAGAUAUUGUAAUCAAGCCGUCAUACGAGGGCGGCAACGUCAGCACGUCAAGUCAUGCACGGGAAGAAAGUUCCACUGUGGGUGCGGACGCGCGUUCCAAUACAAGGACAAACUGGCCCUACACAUACACAUAGACCACCCGAACCUGACUUCUGACCAGCGAAGACUGAAGAAUAGUAAAGAAGAUGAAUUGCAAUAUAAAUGUGAAACAUGCAAUCACAAGUUUAAGCGGCGCGGUAUGCUAGUGAACCAUCUCUGGCGAGUCCACAAGACGGUUUCAACUGCCGUCCCUCUAGAGAAGAAAGUCCGGCAUUACCCGUGCGUCACGUGCCCCAAAGUGUACCGGACGGCCGCGAAACGGGACAGUCACGUCAAGAUACAUCACCCUGGGUUGUCUGUACCCGGCGUGGGCACAUCGAUAGAGGGCGGGCUCGUGUCGUGCGCGCCGGCAGCGUGCAGCGCGUGCCCGCGCCAGUACGCCACGCGCGCCAAGCUGCUGCAGCACGUGCGGCUGCACCACCCCGCGCUGGCUCCCCCGGUCAAGCAGAAAAUACCAUUUAAAUGAGUAAUAACGACAUGCCUACUACAUACCUACAUCACUCGUCCGAUUGGGAGAAAAA